CUCAUAAAUUAGACGCUCUCCGUCGCAGUCGGCGGAAAAAGAAUGGGAAUACCGGCAUUCUACAGAUGGCUGGUGGACAGGUACCCGCUUGCGGUGGUGCCCGCCAUCGAAGACGAGCCCCCCGUUACGGACACGACCAGACCGAAUCCAAACGGCUACGAAUUCGACAACCUCUACCUCGACAUGAACGGCAUCGUCCACCCCUGCUUUCACCCCGACGGGCUGCCCCCUCCCAAGAGCUACGAAGACGUCUUCCUCGCCGUUUUCAACUACAUCGACCGCAUAUUCUCCAUUGUCAGGCCCCGCAAGCUUCUCUACCUCGCAAUCGAUGGUGUUGCACCGAGAGCUAAAAUGAAUCAGCAGCGGUCGAGGCGUUUUCGGGCUGCUAAGGAUGCAGCCGAGGAAGCCUCCGGGAGAGAGUGGAAACUCGAAGCAGAAGAAGAAAAGUCAGCUUCUUUGGAGCAGUCUAAGAAGCUGGACUCAAAUGUAAUCACGCCUGGAACUGAAUUCAUGGUGUUGUUGUCAUCGGCUCUUCGUUAUUAUGUACAUUUGAGGAUGAAUAGGGAUGCCGGAUGGCGGGAAAUCAAGGUCAUUCUUUCUGAUGCCAAUGUACCUGGUGAGGGGGAGCAUAAGAUAAUGUCUUACAUUCGCUUGCAAAGGAAUCUUCCGGGAUAUGAUCCCAACACUAGGCAUUGUCUGUAUGGAUUGGAUGCUGAUCUUAUCAUGCUUGCACUGGCUACCCAUGAAAUCCAUUGCUCCAUUCUGAGAGAGGAUGUGCGCAGAGCAUCCCUGAAUGAUAAAAGCUUGAAACGCGCAAAGAAUUCCUUACCAAUAAAUCGACAGGAAGAAAGGGGAAAUUCAAAGCAAAUGGAAGUGGUUGGCGAGAACUUAGAAGAUUAUGUCUCAAGGCAGAAAUUUCAGUUUCUCAACAUAUGGGUCCUUAGGGAGUAUUUAACACUCGACAUGAAAGUCGAAGGCAUGAAACAGAAGGCAGAGCGCCGGAUUGAUGAUUUUGUCUUCAUGUGCUUGUUUGUUGGAAAUGACUUUCUUCCCCACAUUCCUUCGUUGGAAAUAUCGGAGGGGGCUAUUGAUCUGCUCAUGAUGGUUUAUAAAAAAGAAUUUGUUAAGAUGGGCGGUUACCUAACUAAUUCUUUCGAGGUAAAUUUGGAACGGGUGGAGCACUUUGUCCGUGCUGUAGGAUCUCACGAAUGUGCAAUUUUUAGAAGACGUAGCCAGGUAGAAAAGGAUAGAGAGCUCCAACUUCGACGUUUUUCAAGUAAUAAGCGUGUAAGGUGUUCAAGUAACCUCAUGAGUCAAAAUCCACCAGAUUCUCGUGCUGUGGGGAUUCAAACACCAAGCAACUGUACAUCCAUUGGCGCAAAUGCAAUUGUAGACAAGAUUAAGCUUGGAGAAAUGGGUUGGAAGGAAAGAUUUUAUGCUGAAAAGUUUGAGGCUGAAAGUGAAGAUGAUCGCAAUAAAAUUCAGAGAGAUGCGGUUUUUAAAUAUAUCGAAGGGAUAUGUUGGGUUAUGCGCUAUUACUAUGAAGGAGUCUGCUCCUGGCAAUGGUUUUACCCUUAUCAUUUUGCUCCGUUUGCCUCAGACUUCCAUGGAUUUGGUCAAUUAAAAAUCAAAUUCACACUAGGGAAACCCUUCAAGCCUUUUGAUCAGUUGUUAAGUGUAUUGCCUGCUGCAAGUGCACACUCUCUCCCAUUGUUUUACAGGAAAUUGAUGACAGAUAUGUCAUCACCUUUAUUGGAUUUUUACCCAACUGAUUUUGAGCUUGAUAUGAAUGGAAAACGUUUUUCGUGGCAGGCUAUCUGUAAGUUACCAUUUAUUGACGAGGCACGCCUUCUUUCAGAGAUUACAAAAGUGGAGCACACAUUGACGGAUGAAGAAAGACGCAGAAAUAGUUUCAGUCUGGAUGUAUUAUUUGUUCACAUUUCACAUCCUUUAGCAGUGGAGAUACUUUCUUUAUGUGAGAAAAAAGCUGGUCAUCCAAAUUUGCCCGAGGCUAAAGUGAAGAAAAUUAACCCGGAAUUCAGUGGUGGAAUGAAUGGAUACAUGUACAUUUCUGGAGAACCUGUGCAGCCUGCGGAAAUCUAUUCACCAAUUGAGGACAUGGAGAUGAUUUUAAACAAUGAAGUAUUAUCUGUCUUCUUCAAAUGUCCACCCUUCCAUUCUCACAUCCCCCGUCCAUCAAAACGAGUGAAAUUGCCUCGCAAGUCUGUCUGGAAGCAGGACAUUUUAGCUCCGCCUGUUUUGUGGCAUGAGAAGUCAGCUGUCCUUGGACGUAUAUUUUCUGAACCGUCCACUCAUAAGUCAAUCUCUGGUCAUCGCCUGGCAAAAUUAGCUCAUGAACUUCUGUCUAAAUGUUAUAAUCUGAAGAGCCAAAAGGCUUGGGGAUCUAUGGAACUGGCUGACCACAUUGGUGCAGAUGGACUGACAUCCCAUUCGAAUUUGGAAGAAACUGUUCAUGUGGGUGGGACUGGACACAAUGAAAACUGUAUUGAUGGUGUUAUCCCAGAUAGCCACGUUGGGGAAGAUAAGUUGUCAUGCCAUUUGAACCUUGAAGAAAUGGUUUGUGCGAGUAUUGAAGGUGACAACAACUGCUUUGAUGGCAAAGCUAAGAAGCGGAUAUGGAGCGAAUGUAAUGGCCAUUCCACCGACGUUGUAGUUGAUGGAUUGGCAUGUUCUUCAAAUUUAGAGGGAACGGUAACUGUGGGUGGGGCUGGAGGUGAUGAAAUUUGCAUUAAUAUCAAGUCGAGGAAACGAAGAAGAAAGGGGCGUAAACUCAGAGACACAUUAGAAAGCAAUGUUGGUACAGAGAAAUUGGAAUGCCCUUUGAAUUUGGGACCAACUGUUUGCGAGGUAGGGACUGAAGCUGAUGAGAAUUCUGUUGAUAAUGGAGUUCCAAAUAACCAGAUUGGUGAGACUGGAGCAAGUGGAUUGGCAUGUAAUAGUGUAGCCCCAGAUAAAAAAUGUGUUAAUGGAAAACCUAGAAAACAGAAACGAAAACGGAAACAGAGUAACGCUAUAGUUGUACUGGAUAACCAUGAAGGUGUAAAGGAUUUUGCUAUGGAACCAACUGGUUGCGAGGUGGGGACUGAAGCUGAUAAGAAUUCUGUUGAUAAUGGAGUGCCAAAUAACCAUAUUGGUGAGACUGGAGCAAGUGGAUUGGCAUAUCAUAGUGUAGCCCCAGAUAAAAAAUGUGUUAAUGGAAAAUCUAGGAAACAUAAACGAAAACGGAAACAGAAUAACGCUAUAGUUGUACUGGAUAACCAUGAAGGUGCAAAGGAUUUUGCUAUGGAACCAACUGGUUGCGAGGUAGGGACUGAAGCUGAUAAGAAUUCUGUUGAUAAUGGAGUUCCAAAUAACCAUAUUGGUGAGACUGGAGCAAGUGGAUUGGCAUGUCAUAGUGUAGCACCAGAUAAAAAAUGUGUUAAUGGAAAAUCUAGGAAACAGAAACGAAAACGGAAACAGAGACAGAAUAAUGCUAUAGUUGUACCGGAUAACCAUGAAGGUGCAAAGGAUUUUGCUAUGGAACCAACUGGUUGUGAGGUAGGGACUGAAGCUGAUAAGAAUUCUGUUGAUAAUGGAGUUCCAAAUAACCAUAUUGGUGAGACUGUAGCAAGUGGAUUGGCAUGUCAUAGUGUACCGGAUAACCAUGAAGGUGCAAAGGAUUUGGCUAUGGGACCAACUGUUUGUGAGGUAGGGACUGAAGCUGAUAAGAAUUCUGUUGAUAAUGGAGUUCCAAAUAACCAUAUUGGUGAGAUUGGAGCAAGCGGAUUGGCAUGUCAUAGUGUAGUCCCAGAUAAAAAAUGUGUUAAUGGAAAAUCUAGGAAACAGAAACGAAAACGGAAACAGAGACAGAAUAACGUACUGAAUAACCAUGAAGGUGCAAAGGAUUUGGCAUUCCCAUCAGAUUUGCUGCUGACAGUUUGCGAGGCAGGAGUUGGAGCUGAUAAAAAUUGUGUUGAUAAUGGAGCCCCAAAUAAACUUGUUGGUGAAACUGGGGCAAAUGGAUUUGCAUGUGCUAAUGAAGUCCAAGAUUAUGGCAAGUCUUGCAAACGGAAACGAAAACGGAAACAGAGUAAUAUUAUACUUGUUGCAGACAACCAUGUAGAUGCAAAGGGUUUGACAAGGCCUUCCAAUUUGAUGCCAACAUUUUGUGAUGUAGGUACUGGAGCUGUAAAAUGUGUUGAUCAUGGAGUCCCAGAGAAACAAGUUGGUGAGACCGGUGAAAAUGGAUUUGCAGGUGCUAAUGUUGUCCCAGAUAAAAAUUGUGUUGAUGACAAACUUAGGAGACAGGAAGGAAGCAAAGUUCCGGGUUCCGUGGAUGAAAAACAUAGCUAAGGAGGGAUUGGACUCUCGGAUAACCAUUUGGUCGUGGAGUCCCAGAUUUGAUAUGCAAAUCUAGGAAAUGGAGACGGAAACGGAAACAUGGGCAUGUUUAUUUUGUCAUGAAUAGCCGUGUAAGUGCAGAGGGCUUGACGUGCUCUUUGAAUUCAGGGCCAGUAAUUUGUGAUAAAAGUUGUGUUCAUAGUGGAUUGAGACUGGAGCCAAUUUAUUGGCCUGCGGUUCAAAUUUUGAAUAAGUUUGUAUCAGUUAAGACGGGUGCUGUGAAAAUGCAUUUCAUGAGUGGGAAAUUAGGGUUUUUAUUUAUUUUAUUUUUUUGACAGUGCAAGAAAUAGGUAGUCGAUUGCAAAAUAGAGACACAAGAUCAGGUUUUUCGAGAGAGAAUGUCAGUGUGGAGGCGUGGAAAUAGCCAGAUGUUUUAUUAUUUGUGUGGUACGUGUCGAGUACAAUUUUGCACAUUGUUAUUUAUGAGAUACAAAUAUAUCGCUUGUCCCACAGCUUUAAGAGUCACAAUUUAGUAUGUAGCAUUACUCUUUUAUAAAUAUGGAGUGAUUAAGUUGAUAAUUAUUCACACAA